GUGCCUCGGGACUGGGGUGUGCGCGGCCCCGCCGCUGGCCAUGGCCUUCACUUUCGCUGCUUUCUGCUACAUGCUGUCCCUCGUGCUGUGCGCCGCGCUCAUCUUCUUCGCCAUCUGGCACAUCAUUGCCUUCGAUGAGUUAAGGGCGGAUUUUAAGAGCCCCAUAGACCAGUGUAACCCUGUUCACGCGAGGGAACGUCUGAGGAACAUCGAGCGCAUCUGCUUCCUCCUGAGAAAGCUGGUGCUUCCGGAAUACUCCAUCCACAGCCUCUUCUGCAUCAUGUUCCUGUGCGCUCAGGAGUGGCUCACCCUGGGGCUGAAUGUCCCUCUACUUUUCUAUCACUUCUGGAGGUAUUUCCACUGUCCAGCGGACAGCUCGGAGCUCGCCUACGACCCGCCGGCGGUCAUGAAUGCGGACACCUUGAGCUACUGUCAGAAGGAGGCCUGGUGCAAACUGGCGUUCUAUCUGCUGUCCUUCUUCUACUACCUUUACUGCAUGAUCUACACGCUAGUGAGCUCUUAACUCAGACCGCGCACGUCCUCCGAGGCUGAGUUCG